CUGGUAUUGGAAUUAAAGAAUAAUGCAAGUAAAUUACUGCUGGCGAUUAUGGAGAGCAGAGGUGACAGCGAAAACGCCGAGAGGAUCAUGUACAAUAUGAAUCCGAAACAGCUCGUUGAUGUGGCGUGCAAGGCUUUCCAUCAGGAAUCGCUGGAUGACACCGGCGACGUCGACGACACCUCGACAAACGGAGAGGAAGGAGUAUCGCCCAAAGAGGUUGGACAUAAUAUUUACAUCUUGUGCCAUCAAUUAGCGCAGCACAAUAAAGAACUGGCAGUGAUACUGAAACCAUCGGAGCAGAAUAAUGCGGAUCCAAAAUUAAUAAAGCGUUACAAUACUAUGCAUCUCAUACAGCUCAAAUAGAGAUUGUGAGACACGAUAGAACACUCGAACAAAUUGUCUU